AUGGACGGCCUUGUCAACGGCGUCGAGGACGAGGAUGCCACAAUUAGUCAGUUCAAGAGGCUCUUGGCCAGCGAUACCAAGGUCAAGGUCGCAGGCAUCGAUUGCGAUGGCAUUCUUCGAGGCAAGAUUAUGAACAAGAGCAAGUUCCUCUCCAGCCUCAAGGGAGGAUUCGGCAUGAGCUCUGCUAUUUUUGGCUGGGACAUGCAUGACCUCUUGUAUUCGGAAGAGAGCAACUUGACCAGCGCCAAGACGGGAUAUGCCGACUUCAACGCCGUUGCUGAUCUGGAAUCAAUGCGAAGACUGGCCUUUGAGGAUAAUAUUCCCUUCUUUCUGUUGCGCUUCUUUCUUGCAGAGCAGUCUGUCGUCGCAGAUGGACGUGGCCUUGUUAGAUCCUUGACGGACUCUAUGGCUGCGUCUGGCUUCCAGGGUUUGGCUGGAGUUGAGCUCGAGUUUAUGAACUUCCAGACUCCAAGCGAAGAUGGAUAUAAUGCUCCGCAUGGACGACAGAACCUCGCUGCAUAUCUCUCCUCCAACACGCCACAGAGCCUGCGGCCCGUAACGGCGGGUAAUUUUGGCUACAGCGUGUCACGUCCUAUUCUGGCCAAGAGAUACUUCCAUGACAUCUUUGAUCAGAGUCUGCAGGCGAAUUGCCCUGUUGAGGGAUGGCACACGGAGAGUGGGCCCUGUGUAUAUGAAGCUGCAUUAGCUGUUUCACCAGUCGCCCAAAUGGCUGACAACGUAUCAAUCUUCAAACUCGUCUGUAAAUCGUUGGGCGUCGAGCACGGCAUAACACCAUGCUUCAUGGCCAAGCCACUUCACGGGCUUCCCGGAAAUUCCGGUCACAUCCACGUCUCCCUAACCGACCUCCAAGGCCAUAACCUCUUCGCCCGCGACACACCCGAUCCCAACCCCAAAUGGUCCGAUCUCACACACUUAUCCGACAUUGGCCUCCAAUUCCUGGCCGGCAUCAUCACUGCCCUUCCAGACAUUAUGCCUCUCCUUGCACCCAACAUCAACUCCUAUAAACGCCUCGUCGAGAACUAUUGGGCCCCCGUAAACGUUAGCUGGGGUUUCGAAGACCGUCUCUCAUCCAUCCGCCUCGUCGCCCCUCCAAGCUGCAAGCCUUCAGCAACACGCUUCGAAAUCCGUGUCCCCGGCGCAGACAUCCAUCCUCACUACGCUCUAUCUGCCAUCUUCAAUGCCGGCAUGAGGGGCAUCAAGCUGCAAUUAGAGAUUCCGAUUCCUCCUGAGGCAUCACGGCCGGAGGACCAGCCGGCGGAGCGCUUACCGAAUAGUCUCGGCAGUGCGCUCGAGCGUUUCAGUGCGAAAGGCAGUGUUGCGAGGGAGAUUAUGGGUGAUGAGUUUGUGGAAUUUUUUGCUCUUUCACGACGACAUGAGUUGAGGGUGUGGAGGGAAGCCGUCACUGACUGGUAA